GGCCCCCCCGGCUCCACUCGCCCCGUCCGGCCGCGCCAUGAGCCGCCUCCCGGCCCCGCCGCUCCCGCUGCUGCUGCUGCUGGCGGCCCUGGGCCCCCCCGCCGCGGGGCAGGCGCCCCCCCCCACCGCCCGCCCCAACAACACCCGGCCGGUGUUCCCGUGCGGGGGGGACCACCGCGGGGAGUCGGGGUACGUGGCCAGCGAGGGCUUCCCCCAGCACUACCCCCCCCACAGCAACUGCACCUGGACCAUCACGGUCCCCGAGGGCCAGGUGGUGACCCUCUCCUUCCGCGUCUUCGACCUGGAGCCGGACGCCCUGUGCCGCUUCGACGCGCUCUGGGUGUUCGGUGGCCACGGGCCGGGGGCUCCGCUCUUGGGCCGCUUCUGUGGCACCUUCCGGCCGGGGCCGCUGGUGGCCGCGGGCAACCGGCUGCGGCUGCGGAUGGAGAGUGACGGCGGCACCGCGGGCCGGGGGUUCCUGCUCUGGUUCAGCGCCGGGCGCCCGCCCGCCCACGGGCCCCCCCACGGACGGCGGCGUUCGGGGGUUAAUAAUAAACCCCAUUUUUUCGGGGAGUCCUGGCACUAUUUUGACGAACACCAAUAUUGUGGGGGGCGGCUGGAGAAACCCCAAGGGAGCCUGAAGACCCCGAACUGGCCGGAGGAGAAUUAUCCCCCCGGGAUCAGCUGCUCUUGGCACAUCGUAGCCCCCCCGGACAAGGUGAUUGAGCUGAGGUUCGGGAAGUUCGACGUGGAGCGGGACGCUCACUGCCGCUACGACUACGUGGCCGUUUUCGAGGGGGGGGCGACGGACGACGCCCGGAGGUUGGGGAAGUUCUGCGGGGAGGAGACCCCCGGCCCCAUCCUCUCCUCCAGCCACGAGCUGCUGGUUCAGUUCGUCUCGGACCUGAGCGUGACGGCCGACGGCUUCUCCGCCACCUACACCCUGCGCAACCGGGACGCCCCUCCUGCCCCCGCCCCCAGCACCGACCCCCCGAACCCCAAAACCAAAGGGGGUGGGAAGGGGAAAGCUCCCCCCGGGCCGAAAACAGUGACACCGGCUGCCACCGCCAUCCCCGUCACCGCCACCCCCUGCCCUCAGCGAUGCCGGCGGGUCGGGACAUUGCAGAGCAACUUCUGCGGCAGCGAUUUCGUGCUGACUGGGACGGUGAAGUCGGUGUCGCGGGGUCCCCCCCAGGAACAGGGCUGGGCCGUGGUCUCCAUCCUGGGCCUCUACAAAUCGGGGGGGCUGGGGGUACCCCACCCCCCCAAAGGGGCCACCCUGCGCCUCCAGCUGCCCUGUCGCCUCUGCCCUGGCCUCAAGAAAGGCUCCAGCUAUAUCCUGAUGGGGCAGGUGGGGGCAGAUGGGGGGGCCGUGCUGCCCCCCGAGGCCUUCGUCGUCCCCUACCGCCCGCAGCAGCAGCAGGUUUUGGGGAACCUCAGCAAGAGGCCGUGUCGGGGGAACCCCUGAGACGCCCCCCCGGGACCUCCCCCAUAUUGUGGACAUCCCUCCCCCCCCGCCAAUAUGCAAUUAAAGCGCGCAGAGACGGAGG